UAGAUUUCGAUACAUGCAGCGAAGAAGACAAUGCUAAUCAAUGGCUGUUUCCGUUAGCUUUCAGACGCAAUAACGUUAUAUUUUAUGUCUAGUGCUGCGUUUAGACAGCGAGCCGUUUAAUGAAACCCAUGACAAAAGCAAAAUGAAUCGCCCAAAACCUCCAACUUUGAGGCGCCCCAGUGCUGCAAAACCAUCAGGUCACCCACCUCCAGGGGAUUUCAUUGCCCUUGGAUCAAAGAGCCAGGGAGGGGAGCCCAAAGCCCCGGCUGUGCUCCUGAAACCAGCAGCUACAGGUUUGCCAGCUGACCGAAAGAGGGAGACAUCCUCCGCUCUGCCUUCCUCAUCGAGUCUGUCCAGCCUCGCCAAACGUCCUAAACUAUCCACCACUCCUCCAGUCAGUGCCCUUGGAAGACUUGCUGAUGUAGCAGCUGUGGACAAGAGGGCUAUAUCACCCUCGAUAAAGGAGCCCUCAGUGGUGCCAAUUGAAGUGUCACCGGUGGUGCUGCUGGAUGAGAUCGAAGCUUCAGAGUCUGAAGGAAAUGACGAUCGCAUUGAGGGACUGCUGUGUGGAGCAGUGAAGCAACUCAAGAUGAACAGAGCCAAGCCUGACAUCACGCUGUACCUCAGUCUCAUGUUCCUGGCCAAAAUCAAGCCCAAUGUUUUCGCAACUGAAGGAAUCAUUGAAGCUCUGUGUAGCCUCCUGCGUCGGGAUGCGUCCAUCAACUUUAAAGCCAAAGGCAACAGUCUGGUGUCCGUUCUUGCCUGCAAUCUUCUGAUGGCAGCCUACGAGGAGGACGAGAACUGGCCAGAGAUCUUCGUCAAAGUGUACAUUGAGGACUCUCUGGGCGAAAGAAUCUGGGUGGACAGUUCUCACUGUAAGGUUUUUGUUGACAACCUCCAAACUGCUUUUGGGACAAAGAUGCCGCCAAAGAGUAUGCUGCUGCAGGCUGACACCACCCGCUCUGGUGGAGAUCUCAGUGCAGGUAGCAGCCCUCACCCUUCGACUCCCGAUGAAGAUGACAGCCAGACUGAGCUGCUGAUAGCGGAGGAGAAACUCAGCCCUGAGGAUGAGGGACAGAUGAUGCCGAGUAGGUAUGAUGAGCUGGCAGAGAGCGUGGAGGACUACGUGCUCGACGUCCUCAGGGAUCAGCUGAAUCGCAGGCAGCCGAUGGACAACGUGUCGCGAAAUCUGCUGCGGCUGCUCACGGCAACGUGCGGCUACAAUGAGGCACGACUCAUGGCCGUGCAGAGGCUGGAGAUGUGGCUCCAGAACCCGAAGCUGACUCGCCCGGCCCAAGACCUCCUUAUGUCUAUGUGUAUGAACUGCAACACCCACGGAGCAGAUGACAUGGAGGUGAUCUCCAACCUGAUCAAGAUUCGGCUCAAACCCAAAGUCCUCCUCAACCACUACAUGCUGUGUGUCAGGGAGCUCCUUAAUGCGCACAAAGACAACUUGGCCACGAUGGUGAAGCUGGUGAUCUUCAAUGAGCUGUCCAAUGCCAGGAAUCCCAACAAUAUGCAAGUCCUCCACACAGUGCUGCAGCACAGCCCAGAACAGGCUCCCAAGUUCUUGGCGAUGGUGUUCCAGGACCUGCUCACCAAUAAGGACGAUUACCUCCGUGCCUCACGAGCAUUACUGAGGGAGAUCAUCAAACAGACCAAGCACGAGAUAAACUUCCAGUCCUUCUGCUUUGGUUUAAUGCAGGAAAGAAAGGAGCCCAGCUAUGUGGACAUGGAGUUCAAGGAGCGUUUUGUUAUCCAAGUGACGGAUUUACUGACCGUCUCCAUGAUGCUGGGCAUCACCGCUCAGGUCAAAGAAGCUGGCAUUGCAUGGGACAAAGGCGAGAAGAAGAAUCUGGAGGGCCUCAGGUCAUUUCAGAACCAAAUUGCUUCCAUACAGAGAGACGCUGUGUGGUGGCUUCACACUGUGGUUCCCACCAUCAGUAAAGUUGGUGCCAAAGAUUAUGUUCACUGCCUCCACAAAGUGCUUUUCACAGAGCAACCGGAGACGUAUUACAAGUGGGACAACUGGCCCCCAGAGGGUGACAGAAAUUUCUUCCUUCGUCUCUGCUCUGAGGUUCCUCUCUUGGAGGACACACUGAUGCGUAUUCUGGUGAUCGGGCUGUCACGGGAUUUGCCGCUGGGUCCGGCCGAUGCCAUGGAGCUGGCAGAUCACCUGGUCAAGAGGGCGGCUGGAGUUCAGUCUGAUGUAGAUCUGGAGGUCCUGAGAGUGGAGAGGAUCCAGCUCAUUGACGCAGUGCUGAAUCUGUGCACAUACCAUCACCCAGAGAACAUUCAGCUGCCAGCAGGGUACCAACCACCAAAUUUGGCGAUAUCCGCUCUCUACUGGAAGGCAUGGCUGCUGAUUCUUGUUGUGGCUGCGUUUAAUCCCCAGAGGAUAGGUUUGGCUGCCUGGGAUGGCUAUCCAACACUGAAAAUGCUCAUGGAGAUGGUCAUGACAAAUAACUACACAUACCCUCCCUGCACCGUUGCCGACGAGGACACAAAGACCGAGAUGAUCAACAGGGAGCUGCAGGUUUCCCAGAGGGAGAAACAAGAGAUCCUGGCCUUUGAGAGCCACCUGGCAGCAGCUUCGACCAAACAGACCAUCACAGAGAGCAACAGUUUGCUGCUGUCUCAACUCACGAGUCUGGAUCCACAGGGUCCUCCUCGUCGGCCUCCACCAGCGGUGCAGGAGCAGAUAAAGAGCCUCAACCAGUCUCUGCGUCUGGGACACCUCCUCUGCCGCAGCCGUAACCCGGACUUCCUCCUCAACAUCAUCCAGAGACAGGCUUCCUCUCAGUCCAUGCCAUGGCUGGCUGACUUGGUUCAGUCCAGUGAGGGGUCCUUGGAUGUGCUCCCAGUGCAGUGCCUGUGUGAAUUCCUCCUGCACGAUGCCGCUGAUGAGAGUCAGUCAAUAGAGGACGACGAUGAAGCGGAGAGCAAGGAGCAGAGAGCCAAAAAGAGACAAAGACAACAAAAGCAAAGGCAGCUGCUUGGAAGACUCCAGGAUCUUUUGUUGGGUCCUAAGGCAGACGAACAGACGACAUGUGAGGUGCUGGAUUAUUUCCUGCGUCGCCUUAGCUCCUCUCAGGUGGCCUCCAGAGUCCUAGCCAUGAAGGGUUUGUCGCUGGUGCUCGGUGAGGGAGGUUUGAAGGACGGAGACGAGCGGGAUCAGCCCAUGGACGAAGAUUCAAUGGAUGCUGAGCUGUUGCCCGGAUACCAGUGGCUGCUACAAGACCUUCCAAAGCUGCCGUUGUUUGACAGUGUCCGCGGAAUGACGUCCACCGCUCUGCAGCAGGCCAUCCACAUGGAGACAGAUCCACAGACAAUUAGUGCCUAUCUCAUCUACCUUUCCCAGCAUGCACCAGUGGAGGAGCAGGCUUCUCAUAAUGACCUUGCUCUGGACGUUGCCCGGCUGAUCGUGGAGCGCUCCACCAUCAUGAACAGCCUCUUCUCUAAACACUCCUCCAGGCCCGAGUCUGAGGCCAUGCUCUCUGCUUUCCUCAACAUCUUCUCUUCGUACAUCAGGAGGAUGAGGAAAACCAAGGAGGGCGAGGAUCUUUACAGCUGGUCUGAAUCUCAGGACCAGGUGUUUUUGCGGUGGACUACAGGAGAGACCGCAACGAUGCACAUCCUUGUCGUCCAUGCCAUGGUUAUCCUGCUGACUCUAGGGCCGCCCAAAGGAGAGAGUGACUUCUUUCAUCUUCUGGACAUUUGGUUUCCUGAUAAGAAACCUCUUCCCACUGCCUUCUUGGUCGACACAUCAGAGGAGGCACUUCUCUUGCCUGACUGGUUGAAACUCAGAAUGAUCCGGUCAGAGGUUGCCCGACUGGUUGAUGCAGCUUUGCAAGACUUGGAGCCUCAGCAGCUGCUGCUGUUUGUUCAGUCCUUUGGCAUCCCUGUGUCCAGCAUGAGUAAACUUCUGCAAUACCUGGACCAGGCCGUUUCCCAUGAUCCACAGUCACUCGAGCAGAACAUCAUGGAUAAGCACUACAUGGCACACCUGGUGGAGGUGCAGCACGAGCGAGGGGCCACCGGGGGGCACACUUUCCAUUCAUUACUGAGCUCCUCUCUUCCAACUGAGAGAGACUCCGCUGAUACAAGUAAGGUCAAGGUUACCGUGGAAACGCCCCACAGCUCUGUGAAAAUGAGAGCAGCCUCUCAGCUUCCUGUGGUCGGACCUGAAGAUGAUCUGACUGGAAUGUUGCUUCAGAUAUUCCCCUUGAAGGUGGACCCUCGCUGGCCUGGUCCGCCCCCCAGCCAGCUCUCUCUGGCCCUGCAGCAAGCCCUGGCCAAAGAGCUGAUGCGGGCCAAACAGGGCCAAGUCCAGCAGUGCAGUUUGGCAUUUCGCCUCCUUCAGGCCAUCGCUGCCCUGCUCACAUCUGCCCACGCAGGGCCAAUUGUCAUGUCAAUGCACCGCAGCCAUGCCCUCUCCUGUCCUCUCAUGCGCCAGCUUCACCUCUAUCAGCGCCUCGUGUCCCAGGACAUUUCUUUCUCCUCGCUGUUCCUCAAGGUCACAGUCGAGAUGUUAAUCUGGUUAGACAAUCCGACUGUGGAGGCGGGGCCUCUGAAGACUUUGCUCAGGUCCUUCGCUGGGCAGAGUUCCCACAAUCACAGGCACGCGGACGUGCGGACAGGUUUCCUCCACCUGGCUGAGGCCCUGGCGUAUCGCGGAGACACUGAGGUGCCGCUGAGAGCCAUCAUUGCGAUGCUGAAAGCUGGGGACAGAUGUAACGCAGAAGCAGAGCUCAUUGGCAAAGUGUUACACGGGCUGAUGGAAGUGAAGUCACCAUAUUUGGAGGAGCUACUGUCUCUGCUGAUGACUGUGGGUACACAGAACGGGACAGCCGGCCCUGUUGCUAUGGUGAUUUCCUUGCUGCUCCAGGAAAGUGAGGAGCGAGCUGUGAAGAAGGAAGUGGAUUCCAACAACUGUGAGGUGACAAAGUCUGGACUGAGCUCUGGGCUUCUCGUCGAUUGGCUGGAACAUCUUGACCCAGAAGUCACUUCGGUGUGUCCGGACCUUCAGCAGAAACUGCUGUUCACCCUCAACAAGGUUCGAGGCACCCCUGCUUACAGACCCUAUCUGCUGGCCUUGCUCACACAUCAGUCAAACUGGUCGACCCUCCUGCAGUGCAUCAGCGCUCUUCUCGGCAAGCGGCGAGACUACAAACUGGACCCAUCAUCAGCCCUGGAUUUCCUGUGGGCCUGCAGCCACAUCCCACGAAUCUGGCAAGGACGUGACCAGAAGAUCCCUCAAAAGAAAACGGAGAAGUUUGUGCUGCGACUCAGUUCGGAGGAGCUCAUCAGCCUGGUGGACCUGAUCCUGUCCGAGUCGGAGCUCAACAGCCAUGACUCGCAACAGUGCGACGACAAAAGCAGCGUGGACCAGGCCUCGCGCUCCCUCAUCCAGUCUCGGCUGCCCCUCCUUCACUCCUACUGCAACGGUGACCUCGAAAACAUCAAGAAAGUGUCGGAGUACCUCAUCAGCUGCACAAAGAAGCGGGAGGACAGGGCGAUGAGUAAGCGGUGCCAGAACUUGCUGCUGCAGAUCUACCUGCACUUUCCCGAGGUCAUUCAGCACGUUACUCUGCCUGAGGGCACCUUCAGCAGCGGAGGAGCCGCGGACGGCAGCAGCUGCAAGCUGGACAUCCUGGUGCAUCGCCUGGUCACGCUGCUCGCUGAGAUAGGAGACUCAAAGUCGGCCGAGAGUCGCGUGUCGGACGCCAACCUUGCCUGUAGAAAGAUGGCGGUGUCGCAUCCCGUCCUUUUGCUCAGACACCUGCCUAUGAUCGCGGGCCUCCUGCACAGUCGCAUUCACCUCAACAUGCACGAGUUUCGGCAGCAGAACCACAUGACCUUCUUCAGCAACAUGCUCGCCAUCCUGGAGCUGCUGCAGCCGCUCGUUUUCCACAGCGACCACCAGAGGGCGCUUCAAGACUGCUUUCUCUCCUUCAUGAAAGUCCUUCAGAACUUUCUGAGGACUCGUUACCCGUUGGUCUUCAUCAACAAAUUUCUGCAGUUCACACAGAAGUAUAUAACGCACGACGCAGCUGCCGCCAUUCCUUACCUACAGAAGCACUCUGACAUCUUACAGUGUCUGUGUGCAGAAAACCCAGACCUGGUGCAGCUGAAAUCUCUCCUGGCUGGACUCACUUUGCCAGUGACAAGUUCUUCUGCUGAGGACACAGCAGAGGAAAGAGAUGAUGACAUGUCCACUGGUUCCCUGCCCCUUGUCAGCAUAUCUGCCUCGGUUUCGCUGAGCACGGCCGACAUGACCAUGUAUCUGAAAAAGAUGUCGCGAGGAGAAGCCGUCGAGGAUGUGUUGGAAGUGUUGACAGAGGUGGAUGAUAAGUCCAGGAGGAGCCCAGAGAUCAUCCAGUACUUUAUUAACGAUCUCCAGAGACUCAUGGUUUCCCCAGAGGAGCUGUGUCGAAACAUGGCCUUCAGCCUGGCCCUGCGCUGCAUGCAGAACAACCCCUGCCUGGCAACGGACUUCCUGCCAACAUUCAUGUACUGCAUGGGCAGCGGCAACUUUGACGUGGUGCAGACUGCUCUCAGGAACCUUCCAGAAUACGUGCUUCUCUGUCAAGAACACGCAGACAUCUUGCUCCACAAAGCAUUUUUGGUCGGUAUCUACGGACAAAUUGACACCAGUACAGUGAUCGCAGAGUCUAUGAAGGUUCUUCACAUGGAAGCGACAACAUAACACGUUUACUGAUGAAUAAACGUGUCAUUCAUUCUCUGCAUUCCCAGGAUAGAUAUUAUUAUUAUUAUUAUUUUUUUUUUUAAAUGUUGCCUUUUCGUGAAAACAUUGCUCUUAUUUGAAUACAGCAGAUUAUAGAAAUCUGCGGCUCUUUUCUUCGGCGCUUCAGACUAAAGUGAACUGGAGCCACCAGUAGUGUCAUAAUUAACUCACUUCAAAGACGAGUAUUAAAUCUCCCCUUAAACGAGUUGGAAAAUGUAAUAAUGAAAACUGUGAAAUUACUAUUCACAUUAUAAAAUCACAAUUAGUGCAGUAAUCACUCAUUAAAGGGUGGAAAUUGUUUUAAACUGAUAAUGUAACAAUACUUUUCAACGGUAAUGGAAAAACUGAAACCGUGUUAUCGGUUUUCUCUGCGUAAUUUACAGAGCGGUUUGUUUGAAUAAUUGUAAAAUAAUAAAAAAUUGAUUAUAUUACAAAUAUUAAACCCAGCAUUUCAGUUGAUUUACAGGGAGAUUUGUUUGUGUCAUAAUUUGAAUUUUUUUUUACAAUAUUCACAUGCAUUUUUAUGAGCAAUUUUCUAAAUUUUGAGUCGGAAUACAACAAGAAAUAAUGUCACGAUGCUUUAUCUGUUACUAGAACACGAGCUGUGAGCCACUCUGGGCUGAACUGAAUAAAAUAAUGUUUGAAAAAUGA